CAAAUUCCUUAAAUACCUUUUGUAAAAUCAUAUUUUAAUUUUUUCCAUCUAAUUUUAUUACCAAUACUAGUGCAUGCACAACUAAUUGAUCUCAACACACACAUACAAAAAAUAAAUUGUGACAAUGCAAUAUCAAAACACCAGGGCAAGGCAAAGGUCAUCGUCUUCGGACUCGUUGGAGAGGGUGGCUAGGCUAGCAUCAGGAAGCGCGGUGGUGAUAUUUAGCUCGAGUAGUUGUUGCAUGUGCCAUGCAAUAAAGAGGUUGUUCUGUGAGCUCGGUGUGAACCCGAUGGUGUACGAGCUAGACCAAGACCCGAAUGGAAGAGGGAUGGAGAGGGCGCUUUACAAGCUUCUUGGAAACUCACCCGCCAUACCGGUAGUGUUCAUAGGUGGUGAAUUAAUCGGAUCGAUGGAUCGAGUUAUGGCUUCUCAUAUUAAUGGCACUCUUGUCCCUCGUCUCAAAGAAGCCGGAGCUCUCUGGCUAUGACACUCUUUCCUUUAUAAUUUGUUGUUAAAAAAAAGGAAUGAGAAAAUUUCUAUCUUCGAAAAUAUUAAAACUUUUAUUAAUUUCCUAUUAUGCCCUUUGUCAUGACAAUUGACAUGCUCUUUGUAACCAUGAACAUGUCUAUGUUAAAA